UGAUCAGCCAAUAGGAAACAUUGCCACGUUGUAAAUUAAAUUACUCUUUCUUUGUUUACAAAUACAUGUGCUGUGUUGAAGUUGAUCUUCAGUGUAGUGAGAACGUUUUACCUUUCAGUCGUCUUCAAGAAUUUCUUAAGAGAACCUAUAAUAUAUAACUUAUAUUUGAUUUAAUUUUUGGUGAAAUGGCUUCGUUUCGACAAAAUCGAUUCGCAGGAAUCAAGCGUGAUUAUACGCCAGAAACAGUGGAGCGUCUCUCUGGUUCAGUGAAAAUUGAACAAACCUUGGCUCAGCGAGGAGCAGAGAAACUUUGGGCUUAUAUGACUUCUGGAGGAAGCGAAUAUAUCAACGUCCUUGGCGCUUUAACUGGAAUGCAGGCGGUACAAAUGGCAAAGGCCGGAUUAAAAGGCAUCUACUUGAGUGGUUGGCAGGUUGCAGCUGAUGCAAAUCGCGCUGGUCAAACCUUCCCAGAUCAGAGCCUCUACCCUGCCGACUCUGCCCCUAAGUUGGUGGAGAGAAUCAACAACGCCUUUCAGAGAGCUGAUCAAGUACAGCAUAUGGAAGGAGGGCAUCAAAAAUUGGAUUAUUUCCUACCAAUUGUAGCUGAUUGCGAGGCAGGAUUUGGUGGCCCUUUGAACGCCUUUGAGAUCGUUAAAAACAUGAUCAAAGCUGGUGCGGCCGGCAUUCAUCUGGAAGACCAGCUUGCCUCGGAGAAAAAGUGUGGUCAUAUGGGAGGCAAAGUCCUGGUUCCUACCCAACAGUUCAUCCGCCUUUUGAACGCGGCGAGACUAGCUGCUGACGUCAUGGGAACGACCACGGUUAUCGUUGGUCGCACGGACGCCAACUCGGCCGGCUUAGUGACCUCGGAUAUCGACCCCCGGGAUAAACCUUUCCUAACAGGGGCACGGACACCCGAGGGCUUCUUCCGUAGUCGAGCCGGUUUGGACCAGGCGAUAGCAAGGGCGCUCGCUUAUGCACCAUACUGCGACGUUCUUUGGUGUGAGACGAGCAAACCAAAUAUUGAAGAAGCGAGAAGGUUUGCACAAGCAGUUCACGCGAAAUUCCCCGGAAAACCACUUGCGUAUAACUGCUCGCCAUCUUUCAACUGGAAGGCCAAUCUUAACGACCACGAAAUCGCGGUCUUUCAAAAAGAACUGGGACGACUUGGAUACCGUUUUCAGUUCGUGACGCUUGCUGGUUUCCACUCCCUCAAUCACGCCAUGUUCAAGCUCGCCCGUGACUACAGGGACAACGGAAUGACGGCGUAUACGAAGAUCCAGGAAGAUGAAUUCAGCCAAGCUAAGUUUGGCUUUACUGCGCACAAACAUCAACGCGAGGUCGGUGUGUCGUAUUAUGACGCCAUCGCUAUGGCGGUCAGCGGUGGCAGUAGUUCAGUUACCGCGCUCAAGGGGUCCACAGAGGACGAACAAUUCAAGCAUAAAUUAUGAGAUUUAUGACGAACAUUGUAAAAAGUGGCACAUGGUACAAAUUAUGAGAAAUAUAUGCCUGAAAUGGCGGGUCGGAGGUCGGUCAAUUUUUUAUAGUAAAGUUCUUGAAAUUCAUUGUAAACAACGCAGCAUCUUUAGUCCAUUCCAUUCAUUAAGAGUUUAUUUUGUGGUUGAAAUAAAUGAUUUUCCAUUAAAAAUGAUACCUUCAUAAUGAUGGUUAUAUUAAUAUAUCACCUAGUACUGAAAAUAAAUUUUAUUUUCUCUUA